GCUCGUGCAGGCUGACCCGCCGGGACCACAACUCCAGAGCUGCCAUUCGAUUCCGACGCUUGACUAUAUGCGUGCCAUCGCGGGUCUUACGGCACAGCAAAUUAACCUGGUGGGCAGAGGAGCGGCCUAUCAGGCGCAGAGCUUGGGUGCAGCGUCGCACGCUGCCACACCCGCACGUUACUGUGGCGCACGACCGCGGCGCCACACACACGUCAACAUGGGGCGUAGGAACGAGACGGAGGAGGAGCGAGCAGAGCGCAAGGCGGCCCUGAAAGCUUCCAAGGCAGCUAAGCGGGAUGAGCGCCAGGGCCUAGGGGACCCCGAAAAGGGCCGCAAGCCCUGCAGCCUGUGCAGCCGCAGCCGAGACCUGCUAGUGCGCUGCCAGGUGGACGCCAGCGGCACGUGGCACAUGGCGUGCGGCAAGUGCUGGAUGGCCGCCAGUGGUGGCGCCGUGGACGGCAGCGCCAGCAAGCCGCACUACCGCUAUGGCGGGCUGUGGAAAAACCACCAUCAGGCCAAGAGCGGGCGCAAUAAGGUGCCGGCUGCUGCCAAGGCGACGGCAGCAGGGAAAGCCCCGGGGAAAUCCCCGGGGAGAGGGGGUAAGGACAGCAGCAGCGUCAGCGGCAGUGAUGCAGAGGAUGCUGGCGAGCUGCGGCCAGGGGAGGAGCCGGGAGUGGGGGCGGCAGGUGGCGGUGCAGGCAUGCAGGCGGAGCUGUUGCGUGAGGCGGCUGCCUGUGAAGCAGAGGAUAAGGCGAUGUAGCUCUUAGGUGCAACCGUACGAGGCAGUGCGCUGAAUGCCUUGGCUGCAAAAUAUCGGUGCGCCACGAGUGUCGGUGCGCCACGAGUUUAUAUUAGUAACUUAGCGGAGUAAGCCCUUUGUGAGGGGAACCUGAGUGCAGGAGCGACUGAGCGAGUAGCCCGAGUAGGGCCAGUACCUGACGGGGACAGGGGACCGCUAGAAAGUGGGCCUGAGGGCCUGCUGAGGGGUGAUGCUGGUGACCUGGUGCUGACUGCUGGGCACUAUAUGGCUGGAGAAAUGCAAACGCUGA